CUCUCUCGUGCUCUACGGGCGCGAGGCAGGUGAGUGUGCGCGUACUCUUUACCUGUAAACAAAGACAACAACACAUGGAAACGACUUAGGGGAUGCUGUUUCACUCAUAUCCGCUUUCAACACGACUUCAGACCAGGCUGCAGAUCAGAGCCUGAUCCAACAUCCAGAUACUCAUGGUGUUGUCACACGCCGCGCAGCAGGGCUUACACAUGUAAUAAGUUAACCAGAAAAACCAGAAACCAGAAGGCCGGCUCCUCCGUCAUCCUCCAGUAUGGCGAGCCAAGACCUGGUCAGCCCAUCACACGCCACUUUUGACCUCUUCAUCCAGGCCCAGACUUGUAAGGAUGUGAAGCAGCACUUUGCCCAGCUCUGCAAACAGCUGGAUAUAAACCCGAAAGAUUUCAGGAGCUUCUAUGCUACGUUAAAGGAAAGACUGAAUUACUGGAAGGCCAAAGCGCUAUGGACAAAGCUGGACAAAAGAGCAUCUCACCCGGAUUACCAGCAAGGGAAAGCAUGCACCAAAAACAAGUGUCUGGUGUUGGGUGCUGGACCAUGUGGGCUGAGGACUGCCAUCGAGCUGUCCCUGCUGGGGGCUCAGGUGGUGGUGAUAGAGAAGAGAGACUGUUUCUCCAGAAACAAUGUCCUCCACCUGUGGCCCUAUACCAUCGUCGACCUCCGCGGGCUCGGAGCGAAGAAGUUCUACGGCAAAUUCUGCAGUGGGUCUCUGGAUCACAUCAGCAUCCGUCAGCUGCAGCUCAUUCUAUUGAAAGUGUCACUCCUCCUCGGGGUGGAGGUUUAUACCGGAGUGGAGUUUCAGGGCUUGAUUGAACCCUCAGGAGACAACGGGUGGAUGGCAAAGCUGCAGCCCGGGUCUCAUCCCGCUGCAAACUUCCAGUUUGACGUCUUCAUCUCUGCUGGAGGAGGCAGGUUUGUCCCUGAUGGUUUUAAGCACAAAGAGCUGAGGGGAAAACUGGCCAUCGGCAUCACAACAAACUUCGUCAACAGAAACACGACUGCAGAGGCCCAGGUUCCAGAGAUAAGUGGGGUAGCUCGAAUCUAUAAUCAGAAGUUCUUCCAAGACCUUCUCACUCAGACAGGUAUCGAUCUGGAGAAUAUUGUCUACUAUAAGGAUGACACCCACUACUUUGUCAUGACUGCCAAGAAGAAGAGCUUGCUGAAGAAGGGGGUCAUUAAACAGGAUUUCAGUGAUGCAGACGAGCUGCUGGCUCCUGCUAAUGUGGAUUUCGAGGCUUUGUGUCGAUAUGCACACGACGCUGCCGUUUUCUCCACAGGUGGCAAGCUGCCUGACCUUGAAUUCGCUAAAAACCCCUCAGGUCAGCCAGACGUGGCCAUGUUCGACUUCACCUGCAUGCACCGAGCUGAGAAUGCCUCUCUGGUCAGGGAGAGGAGGGGGAAGAAGCUGCUGAUGGGUCUGGUGGGAGAUUGCCUUGUGGAGCCUUUCUGGCCUUUGGGUACGGGGAUCGCUCGAGGGUUUUUGGCUGCUUUCGACACGGCGUGGAUGGUGAGGAGCUGGGGCAUGGGGGUCCCACAUCUCAAGGUCCUGGCUGAGCGAGAAAGCAUCUACCAGAUCCUAUCUCAAACCACACCAGAAAACACAAGCAAGAACUACUCUCAGUACAGCAUCAACCCCAAAACACGCUACACCAGUGUCAACCUGUCUGCCAUCCACAGCAACCAGGUGCAGCACCUUUAUGACGCCGACAAAUUCAAUCCCUCGAUCAAGAAACAGAAGAGCGGCUUGGCUCCCAUGCGUCAAGAUUCAGUCAGCGGUUUUGAAGAGUUGUUAAAAUGGUGCCAGAAACACACGGCGGGUUAUGAGAACGUGAACGUGACAAAUUUCACUCAGUCCUGGAGGUCUGGACUUGCUCUGUGUGCCCUGAUCCAUCACUUUAGACCUCACCUCAUUGACAUGUCUUCUCUGGAUGAGUCCAACGCUGUUCACAACAACCAGCUGGCCUUCAGCAUCCUGGAGAAAGAGCUCGGCAUUCCUCCCGUCAUGUCCGCUGGAGAUUUAGCAAACAGCGGACAGAUAGACAAGCUAUCCAUGGUGCUCUACCUCACACAGGUGCAGAAGGCCUUCACUGUGAAGAGAAAGGACUCUCCCGGCUUCCUGCCAUCCUCCAAACCCCUCACUCUCUCCCAGACACAGUCAGCUGUCUUCUUCCUGAACAAGCUCAAGCACAACUCUCUGCAAAGACGCAAGGACAAGUUAGCAUCUGAGAAAAAAGGGAGAGAAAGUGAGAAAAGGAUGGGAGAUGAGGACAACACGGUGGUGCCUCCUCUGUCCCCCGAGCUUACUCCCACACGUGAUCCAACUCCCGACGCCGAGCCGGACUCUGUCUCUGGUUUGUCGAUGACCAACAGCGAGGAGUGUUACUUCUGUGGUCAGAGGGUCUACCUGCUGGAGCGGAUCAGCGCGGAGGGAAAGUUCUUCCAUCGGAGCUGCUUCACCUGCCACAAGUGCAGCAUCACGCUCAGACUGGGAGGAUACACCUUUGACCAGGCUACAGGGAGGUUUUACUGCGAGCUGCACUCUGAAGAGCUGGAGCUGGGAACCGGGGCAGAGCCGUUGCGUGAGGAAACUCAGAAAGAGAAGAAUGAAGAGAAUGGGCUCUCCAGUGAUGAAUACACUCUGUCUCCAUCUGAUGAGGAGUUUGAGUAUACUCUGGAUAUUGGUACCUCUGGUCACACACAUAAACCUGAAAAAGAAGAUGUGUCUGAAUCUAAAGACAAAUCUGUAGAACCGUCAGAAGCUUCCAUAGAUCCUCCAUCUAAAUCCGUUGAGGAGACAGAAGAGCUCAUCCAAACCCCUGUCCCUAAACCUCGCAUCUCUCGACAUACGACACCCAGCCCUCAGCCCUCUCCUCCAAUUGCAAAACCUCGCACGAUCCACCUUAGCAACCCCCUGACUCCAGAAAAACAACUGCCCCAAACUACAAAACAGAGGUCUAAGUCGGUCCCAGACUCCCGUCCCAAGCAGUCGCUCCGAAAGCUCCAGCUUACCGAUGAGGAGAAAAGCCAGCUAGUGAAUCUGCAGAGCUUCAGUGCCGACUCGGACUCUGAAACCCCCGGCGGAUCCUCCUCUUGCUCGUCAUCCUCUGCCACAGCAGGAGGUCCGAGCCCCCCGAAGGCAGAGGGCCUGGACGGGCAGGAGGAGGAGGGAUACUGGAGCGGGAGCACGGCCGGACACGUACGGGAGAAGAGGAACCGACGCUGCUUCAGGAGGAAAGAGAUGCCAGAGGGACAGACGAGAGUGAGGUCGAAGUUUUCUCCAUGGAAUCUGUCGUCUCCAAGGAUCAGCAGAGACACAAGGCUUAGCGUUCACAUCAACCAUCCAGGGAGAGUGGAAACAACGUUCAGACACAUUCAUAGCACCUCAGAAGAAGGCAUCGAUGGAGAUGAUGACGAUGACGAUGACGACGAUGAGAUGUUUGGACAAGAUGAUAUCGAUUUAUUCAAUGAGAAAUUUCAGUCGCUGCCGUCAGACCCUCUGGAGGCAGAGAAGCUGGAGUUGAUGAAGCUGAGGACGCUAGAGCGGCGAGCAAAGAUGAGUGAGUUACAGCGACUGAGGAAAGCUCAGUCCAUCCAGAGGAGGCUGGAGGAGAUCGAGGUGACCUUCAAAGAGCUGGAGGGUAAAGGAGUGGAGCUGGAGAGGGCCCUUCGAGGGGAAGCUGGCAGUGGCGGCUCUUCUGAGAUGAUCGAGCAUUGGAUCCAGCUCGUCCACGAGAAGAACGCACUGGUUUCUGAGGAGUCUGACCUCAUGGUGGCGUCUCGACAGCUGGAGCUGGAAGACAAGCAAAGCAUGCUGGAGCUGGAGCUCAGAAAGUACAUGGAGCUGACGGACAAAACGUCGGAGCAGCAGGCGGAGGAGGAGCGUGUCCUGCAGCAGAUGAUCGAGGUGGUGGACAUGAGGGACUCGCUGGUGGCGUUCCUGGAGGAGAAGAGGCUGAAGGAGAUCAGCGAGGAGCAGGAGGCUUUCUCCAUCAGGGAGGCUAAACGUCACUCCAAGGCAGAAGCUCAGGUUCACUGGGCGUAGGGCUCUUCACACAAACACAAACUGUUCACAUUCAAACUCCACGGUAGAUUCCCUUCACGUCUACUGUCUGUGCGACUCGCUGCUUUCAGACUCUGAACCUGAAACUCUGGAAAGCCAAAGAUGAAGCGUGGCGGAGGGUGACCCACCACAAGCUGUCUCUUUUCAUCCAACCAGGAUGAAGAACUGAGGCUUAUUGUCACCCACAGGCAGAAGGAUUUUCAGCUGCAAUCCACCCCCUAGAGGGAGACAUAAGCCUGGAGAUGUGCAGCUUUAAGCUGAGGCUGCAGACACUGUGGGGUCACUGCAGCAGACCGCAUAUGAAACAGGACCCCCCGUGUCUCCUGAACUAUUUCACGACCUUCAUACAGCAGAUCUUCAUCACAGCUUGGAAACUUCUGAUUUUUGUGCAAAGGCUGACUGAGCGACAUUAAAAUCACGUCAUGCAGAAAUUAGCCUAGGAGCUUGGAGACCGAUGGAUGCUGUUUUUGAGGAAAUACAUGUUUUACACGUUUCAUCAAGAAAAAGUGCUACUGUACACAAUGACAUACUAAUAAACAUAUCAUAUUCUA